AUGGGCUCCUUGCCUGGCGUCGUCUGCGAGUUCUGCAACAGAUGGUUCCCCAACGCCCAAGUUUAUGGCGGUCAUAAGUCACGGCGGACCCCUUGUCAAGGCCUUUCCGCCGUGGCAAGGCCCUCGCGAUCUGCACCGUCAGCCGGUCUACACGCACUGCUAUUCGUCCACGACAUUCUGUCGGACGCUCCCGCUGCUCCCGCUUCCCCUACCGCGUCUAACGCGUCCAACACCGACGGUGUGAAUGGUCCUCCUCGCGUCCCGGUAGCUGACGAGGACGCAACACCCUCGGCUGUGAACGUGGGGGCUCCUGAAUCUGAGCAUCAACCAUCACCAGAAACACCUGCAGAUGACACGAGUGAGCAUCAGGGGUGCCGCCCUGGAGUGAGUCACGCGGCACCGCCGACAAUCAUUUCCGGGGAGAGCAAUGCGACGCCCCUCAGUCCGAUUGCGUUGAAACUGCUGCAUUUCGUGAGGCGCGUAAAUGGCGGAAUGGGCAUGGCGGAGAUCGACAUCAAUGGCCUGCUUCAGCUCGUGGUGGAGCCCGGCCUUGCGCCUCUUGUGAUCUCAGAGAUCCGGAACUGCAAGGAUCUGGAGCGGUUCGAGAUGGAGCGCUUGGUAGGGCUCAAUCGCGGAUGGUCAGUGGCGACCUUCGAGAUUGAGGGUCAUCCGCCAAACCGCCUCCUCUUCCAGAACUCCGCGCAGGCGUUUGCUGAACUGUUUGGGCACACCAACAACGCACCCGGCUUCAAGCUCAAGGCUCGUGUUGAUGAGGACCCUGACACAGGCGAGCGUCGCUAUACCACGCCAGAAACAGGAACGUGGUGGAACGAUGCUCAGGAACACUUCGGAUGGUCCGAAGUCGUGGGGGGUAUCAUCCUGUAUUCGGAUGUGACGCACAUGAGCAACAACGGCCGGAAGAAGGCGUGGCCGCUCAUGAUGACGCUUGCCAACAUCUCCCAGGCCAAGCGAUGGGGGAAAGCCGGGCACACGCUACUUGCUCUCCUUCCUAUCCCCCCUUCUGCAAUGACUGCCGUCGAGAAGGUGAUGCUCUUCCAGCGAUGCGUCAUCACCGUGCUGCAGCCGCUUCUUGAUGGCAUGGACAGAGUCGUCCUGGCUGUUGCUGUUCCCACUCUACCCGUUCCUCGCAGCGGCCUCCGUCUCAAGGACCCUUUCGGCGAUUGGCAAACAGUGCGGCCACUGCUGUACGCCUGGGUGUGCGACUACCCCGAGAGCGGCAAGAUCAGUUGCACACUCUCGCAUGGAUCGCGGAUGCCGUGCAGCAUCUGCUAUGCUGCAAAGGAGCAUUUGGUUGCUGUCAAGGCACGGAACACGCCGCGCACGCCUGAACAGCAGCAAUGGAUCGUGAAUGAGGCGGCUGGGUUGACAUCAAGCCAGGCCGACCCAUGCAAGACCUACUCGACCUACCCGGUUGAGGUCAUGGUGUUUGUCUUUGCUGGCCUGCUUCGCCAGCCCCAGAUGGAUGCUGUUCGUGCCUACCUUGGCUGGUACCUCUUGUGUUGCCAGCCAACGGGGCACACCGAGCGGUCCCUGCGGGAUCUCAAGAAGAAGACCUCCCGGCUGGUUGAGCAGUUGCAGGCUGCUUUCCCAAAGCAGCCAUCCUCUUGGUGCCUUGUGAAAACCCAUCUCAUGUCGCACUACAUCGACUCCAUUCGCCGCGCUGGACACGUCACGGAAUUCAGCACCAACAUGUUCGAGCACUUGCAUGGCCCGUUGGUAAAGAGGAUCUACCGGCGGUCCAACAAGCGCAAUGUAGAUGGGCAGAUUAUGAAGUUCCAUGCUAGGCGCAUCCCGGACGUUGUGCCGGUGGAUGAUCCCCUUGGCCGGGACACUGCCAUGCGGCAGGCCAUUGAGACAGGCACAAGGACUCUUAUCAAAGAGUCCUACUUACUCCCUGUGGAGUUACCAGAAGAACCCACCUCCACCAACUGGUUUGCAAGGAAGUGGGCCAUGCAACACCCUGUUGCACAAGCUGCCCUCAAGGAUGCGCUAGUACGUUAUGCAGGAUGCGCCCCCAAGAUCAGGGCCCAUGCAUCGUUGGCCAUCCCAGCGGCAGAUGAUGCCAGCUUCUCAAGGGUUUCUCACUUCGUUCGGGCGACACCUGACUAUUUUGAGCGGCCGUGGUACUCGGAUGUUGCAGUAGAGGGUGUAAGGUACGGUCGGAGAGAGGAGUGGUACGCAAGGUUGCUGCUGCUGUUCCACACCAAAAUCCGUGGAGAGAGGGAGGAGCUGGCUUACGUUAGAUAUUGGAAUGCGUGUGGGGAGGAUGCUGCAACUGGAUGCACUCGCCUCAAGUGGACGACUGGAGUGUAUGCGUACUCCGUGAUUCCGCUUGAAGCGCUGCUUCGCCACGUCCAUGUGGUGAAGGCGUUCCAUCUGGACAGUACCUAUCUCCUAAAUAAGUAUCAUAUGUGA